AUGCGUGCACACUAUAUAGCAUUGGACUUAGCUGCGGAACCUGGUAGAACCUACAGACAACAUCUUGUAGAGGUAUGGGAAAAUAUUUGCCCGAGCAGACCAGCAUAUGCUCAAUUACUGUCCAACAGAGUAAGAUGGAUACUGCAAAACCAGAAAUUGCCCCGAGCUGAACUAGAGAACAUCAAAGCCAGUUGCUAUCCACACGUCCUAACCGAGCAACUCAGCUCUGAAUUACAAGAGCGGACCUCACGGAGGUCAUCGGCUAGGAUACGGAGAAGCGGAUUGCACACACAAGUCGAGGACAACAACGAAUUGGAACAGCGAUUUCUGGGGAACGUGUUGAAGUUCUCGGGAGUUGCGCCGGAGAAGAGACCGAAGAUUCCCCGCAUGCAACAUUCCAGGGAAUUCCUUGCCACAGUCAAGAUGAUCAAUUCGAUUCUUUCGAAAUAUAUGGAGAAAGUCGACAAGUUGGAGGAGAUCGUUGAUCUUGUAUAUGCGGGAGCAGUCACUACGUGUGAGGAACAUGGCCGAGGAACGGAACAUCACCACUGUCCGAAGUUAUCUGAAGUACCUCCGUGGAAGAAACGCCUGGAAAAAAGGAUCGUCAUUAUCAGAAGAAAAAUAGGAGUUAUACAUGCCUACAUGGCUUCUGAUAGUCCGACAGCGAAGGUGGCCAAAGCUGUCAGGAAAAUAUCAUCCGAGUUCCGGGUAAAACGUAGGGAUCCUUCUUUCAGGGAUAGGUUGUCUGUAGUGCUGGACAAUCUGAAACAAAAAAUCAGAGCCUUAGGUCAUCGCAUCCGCCGUUAUAAUGAAAGAUGUAAAAGGUACAAAAAUAAUAGGGUCUUCUACCAGAACCAAAAACAGUUCUUCCGGGACCUUCAGGAGACCGAACACGAGGGAGGCUGCCGGGUGGAUCCCGGUGUGACUCACAAAUUUUGGAGCGAGGUAUGGUCCAGCGGUGGGGUCCAUGACGAGCAGGCAUACUGGAUCGAUGAGGCCCAGUCUCAGAUCCCGGAUGUUCGGAUGGCCGAGAUGCAGAUAUCUGAGGCGGACAUAGGUGAAGCUUUGAAGGGUUCAAACAACUGGUCUGCACCUGGACCAGACAAGCUGCACAAUUACUGGUGGAAACAUCUGACCAGUUCGCACAGGACGCUCGCCAGACUUCUUCAGAGGUGCUUGGAGGAUCCAACAACAAUCCCUGAUUUCUUCACAGUGGGAGUGACUCAUCUUUCACCUAAAGACGGAAAUCCCCAGGACCCCAAAAACUAUCGGCCUAUUACCUGCCUUUCAACCGUCUAUAAGAUCCUCACUGCAGUGCUCACCAGGAACAUAAGCCAACAUUUGAGAAACAACAACCUAAUGGCCCGUGAGCAGAAUGGCGGGAGAAUACGUACCAAAGGGUGUAAGGAACUGUUGGUUAUAUACUUACCAAACAAGCCCGGCGGAAAUUGA